GAGGAGAUGUGCAUACCACCUAAGCAAAACAAGGGUAUUUAUUGUUAAAUCAUUAGCGAAAAGGUGGCUUUGGGAGAUGUUUUGAGGAAAACCAACCUGAAAAGGCAUAAGUGAGACAGCCUUAUAGCGUCACUAAGAGCCAGGGGGCUAACGAAACUGUCAGGCAACCUGGGGACGGUGAGCAGAUAUGUUUGAUCUGCGUUCACUUUUCCUUCUGUAUGUGUGGCUCUUAUGCCCUGUUCCCAGUACAGGGGACAGUCGGUAUAAAAAAGGGGACCCAGUGAUACUUUAUGUUAAUAAGGUGGGACCAUAUCACAACCCACAGGAGACCUAUCACUACUAUCAGUUGCCAGUAUGUGCACCAUCACAGAUCCGUCACAAGAGUCUGACCCUUGGAGAAGUUCUGGAUGGAGACCGUAUGGCUGAAUCUAUGUACCAAAUCCAAUUUAGGGAAAAUGUUGACAGGUCAACCUUAUGUGAACUGAAAUUGACUGUUACUCAGGUGGAGGAGCUGCGAGAGGCCAUUGAGGAGCUGUAUUAUUUUGAGUUUGUGUUGGAUGACAUUCCAAUUCGAGGUUUUGUGGGUUACAUGGAGGAGAGUGGCUUCCUACCACAUACACACAAAAUAGGACUGUGGUCUCAUUUGGACUUUAACAUUGAGUUUAAUGAAGACAGGAUCAUCUAUGCUAAUGUUAGUGUAAGAGAUGUAAAACCUUUCAGUCUAGAUGAUGUGAGGGAGCCACUUGGUAUAACACACACAUAUAGUGUGCGCUGGUUCCCAAGCACUGUGACCUAUGAGAAACGCGGAGAUCGGUUGCGGGACUCUAGUUUCUUCCCCAAAAGUCUGGAGAUUCAUUGGCUUUCCAUCAUCAAUUCUAUGGUGCUAGUUUUUCUGCUUUUAGGUUUUGUUGUCAUCAUUCUAAUGCGUGUUUUGAAAAGUGAUCUGGCUCGGUAUAAUAUCGAUGAGGAGGGAGCAGAUGACAUGGAUCAGGGAGACAAUGGAUGGAAAAUUAUUCAUACCGAUGUGUUUCGUUUUCCAGAGCACCAAAGCUUAUUGUGCGCUAUUUUAGGAGUGGGCUCACAAUUUCUUGCAUUAGGAACAGGUAUUAUAGUUAUGGUUCUUCUGGGACUGUUCAACGUACACAGACAUGGUGCUAUUAACUCUGCAGCCAUCUUGCUCUAUGCUCUGACAUGCUGUAUAUCUGGUUAUGUAUCCAGUAACUUUUACCGACAGUUGGGAGGAGAGCGCUGGGUCUGGAACAUUGUACUCACCACAAGUCUUUUCUCAGCUCCAUUUUUCUUUACUUGGAGUGUGGUGAAUUCGGUACACUGGGCCAAUGGUUCCACACAAGCUCUGCCAGCUACUACAAUCCUGCUGCUCCUCACAGUCUGGCUUCUGGUUGGAUUUCCACUUACUGUCAUUGGUGGCAUAUUUGGCAAAAACAGUGCAGGCAAUUUUGAGGCUCCAUGCCGCACCAAGAAUAUUGCCAGGGAAAUUCCCUCCCAGCCCUGGUACAAGUCUGCGCCAGUGCACAUGGCGAUUGGCGGCUUCCUGCCUUUCAGUGCAAUUUCCGUGGAGCUGUAUUACAUUUUUGCCACUGUUUGGGGACGAGAACAGUAUACACUGUAUGGGAUCCUGUUUAUCGUUUUUGCCAUCUUGCUUAGUGUUGGUGCCUGUAUCUCUGUGGCUCUGACAUACUUUCAGUUGUCAGGAGAAGAUUACCGCUGGUGGUGGCGUUCAAUUAUGAGCACUGGAUCCACUGGAGCAUUUAUCUUUCUCUACUCUGUGUUUUAUUAUUGGCGCCGUUCAAACAUGUCUGGGGUGGUGCAGAGUGUGGAGUUCUUUGGUUAUUCUUUUCUAACUGCAUUCGUCUUUUUCCUCAUGCUUGGAACAGUUAGUUUCACUGCAUCACUUCGUUUUAUACGCUAUAUUUACGUCAACUUAAAGAUGGACUGAGUGGGAGAAUCUGGGACUUUUACUGUGCUUUUAUAUUUUAAAUAUCUCAAGCUGGACUAUGAGAGGAAAGUGUUGAGAGGGAUAGGGUCUAAGCCAGUGGGGUGAGUUGGCAGAGGAUGGGGGGAAGCAUACAGUGGGCGUAAGAUGUGCACAGCAGUACGGGAGCACACGCUGUAGAAUCUAGCUCCUAUUUAACCACAACUAUGGGUGUUUAGGAGAAAUCUGAGGGGCUGGCUGGAGGUAUAAACAUUUUAAUUCCAUGAGAAUGGGACUGUAUCCGGGGUAAAACAAUAGAUGCCUGAAACCAGACAUGGGUAAAAGGAAGAUAUACACCAUGAAGACACAGAAAUAGCGGGAAAUGGCAUUGCUUUUAUUGAAUUUAUCUGUGAUCAAUCAGCUUCUAUUUCAAGUCAGUGACAGAUAAGUUGCAGUGCAUAUGCCUUGUGCUCAUCUGUCUCAGACCUCUGUUCCUUAGACUGAGAUUACUGCACAUGUCUAUAUGUUCCUGAUUGCUGCUUCUGUAUGUCACUGUGCUCACACGGCUACCGUUGUCUAUGGCAGCUGACGUUAUAGUACAACUGUCUCACUCUUUGUUUAAAGAGACAGUCUACAAUAUAAUUUUUGUUUUAAAAGAUAGAUAAUUCCUUUAUUACCCAUUCCCCAGUUUUGCAUAACCAACACAGUUAUAUUAAUAUACUUUUUACCUCUGUGAUUACCUUAUAUCUAAGCAUCUUCUGCCAGCCCCCUGAUCACAUGACUGUUACUAUUUAAAAUCUUUUGAGUUGCAUUUAGUACUGUGUUGUGCUAACUCUUAAAUAACUUUCCAGGCGUAAACACAUUGUUAUCUAUAUGGCCCACAUGAACUAGCAGUCUCCUGUUGUGAAAAUCAAAUACAAAAGCAUAUGAUUAAGGCAGAAAUUUAGAGGUUUAAAUGUUAUAAAGUAUAUUAAUCUAACAAUGUUGGUUGGGCAAAGCUGGGGAAUGGGUAGUAAAGGCAUUAUCUAUCUUUUUAAACAACAUUUUUGUGUAGACUGUCCCUUUUUAAGGGACAUAAAACGCACACACAAACAAAAUAAGUGUUUCAAAAGCAUUUACACUUAUUUUAUUAGCAAGGUUUACAUUGCUUUGCAGUAAAGAACAAACCCUUUGAAAAGCCUCUUGUCAUAAACAAUGACUGUGCAGCAUGUUACACUAUAAGGCUUUUGCAGUCUGUUGUAUGCAAUAGGGAAAUUAGAAAACCACCACUAUUUAAAGUGUUAAAUUACGUGAAAAAGAGUCAAAAGUAAGCAAACAUAUAUUGCAAUUUUUUUUUACUAUGCAUUAUUUUACACUGUAUGUGUGUAUAUUAUGUCCCUUUCAAGUCAAAAGUGCUUCUGCAUAUUUUUUUGCUCUUUUUAGUGAGUGAGAACCCCUAUCAGAAUUAUAAUUCACUAAACUGAAAGUGCCCUGGGCCAUUGCUUAGACGAUCACUCUCUGGCCUUGUGCAAUCUGUUGGAUAAUCUGCACUCUUCCUGGUCUGUAAGAAGGCUUCUUAUACUCUCGUCUGUUUACUGUCUUUUGCACUUGCUGAUUUGUGCAUAAGACAGCUUUUUGUGUUCUGGGCUUCUGUACAAAUAUAUUUAUAUCUUGGGUUUUCUAUGUAAAACAAAAUAAAUAUAUAUAUAUAUAUAAAAAAUUAUACCCUGUUCAUUUUAGGAAAACACCUGAUUUGUUUGCAUUUUUCAUGUAUACUGCAGACUAUACAGGGCGUUUCCAUAAAUAUGUACACAAAGAAAGAGUAGCCUAUAUUGAUUUAUGGGCUGACCCCCGAACAAUGCAAAAGGGGAACAGAAACACACCCACCAACUGAGAAUGAACAAAGCUAGAAGAAAAUCCUUGCUUCUUCAGUAGGAUAGUGCAGUCUCACCCUACUCUAGAACACCCUGAAAUACAGGAGAAUUCUGAAAACAAUCAUGAAAUUAAUAUAUCAGUCCAUUUACAUUUUAAAUAAGGUUAAUCUUGUAAAUAACAGUAUUUAACAAGAUAAUAAACCAAUUUUAUAUUCACAGAUCACAUGUAAACAAAUAAGGACUAAACUUCAUAAAAUAAAUCUUAAAAUAUUUAGACUGUUUAUUUUGCUAUCAAAAUUCACACAGUUUUUAUGUCUAGGUAUGUAUCCGUUACAAAACCUAAUGAGUAUAUUUUUCUCCUGUGCUGUAUUCAGUUAAAGACAGAUAUAUAUGACCUACUUCAGUUAUCAAGCAAUCAUUGUGUAGAAUGUAGCAGGCUCAUGGUUGUGAAGUCUGUGACAUCCACUUAAACCUCUUGGGGAGCAGGGGAAAACUCAUAUUUUUCAAAGUUAAAUUAAUGGUGCAUUUAAAGAUUUUUUGUUACUUGAAAUAAUUAAAUUUGUAUGGGGAAUUAAUCUUGCGUUCAAUGCCUUUUUAAAUAAAAUUUAAAAAAAUAUUGGUCAUUUAUUAAAAAACAAACUGUUAACGUUUUGGUUGUGGAAGUAUGCACACCCUUUAAAAUUGGAGUGCUAAUUGCGUUUUAAGCAAUCAAAUACGUCUGGUACAAAUGUGAUUUGAUUUAAGCUGACAAAAAAAAUGUUUGGGAUUAUAGAUAAAUAAAACUAUCUAUUCCUGUUG